AUGGAUAAGUCGCCCGCGAGGUGCUUCAAUUUGCUUUUCCUGGAGGAGGAUGAGGAGUACAUGGAUGACAUGAUGAUCACGAUGCGGAGGAGGCAGUUGGGAGAGACAAAACAGUUCGGCGCGACACAACAGUUGGGAUCAACACAACAGUUGGGAUCAAUACAACAGUUGGGAUCAACACAACAGUUGGGAUCAACACAACAGUUGGGAUCAACACAACAGUUGGGAUCAACACAACAGUUGGGAUCAACACAACAGUUGGUGGUCACCCGGGGGAGGUUGCGACUAUGCUCGAAGUCGUUAGUGUUUGAGCCACACAGCCUGGAACACCCCGUUUUGAAAUUCCCCUUUAAGAAAAUGGAAAACGUGAAGGUUGGACCCGUAGGAAAUGAAAUCAUAAUCAAGGUAUCUGAAGUUAUAAGGAUGAAAACGAUUGUGCAUGACAGGAAGACGAGGUGCACAUCGCAGUUCACCUACGAUCGGAAGAAUAGGCGCAUGGUUAACGUGAUGAACAAUCUGUACAACGAGUAUUACGAGGAGAUCCGAUAUAUUGAUAAUGAAAACAUAGAUGAGAAAAUUCCUCUGUUUGAGGGGAUACUGAACAACUUUGAUGAAAACGAAGUGGAGUCUUCCUCCCCAGUGGUUAGCGCGUCCAACACCAGUAUCCGAGCAUCUCUUAACAGUGGAGGUGUCGGAUGUGGUGGAAGUUCCUUCGUGUACUUCUUCCAAUGCGACAGCACGCCAAACGGUGCGAAGAAACUGAAGGGAGUGUAUGACAUAAUGGUAAGGAUAAAAAUUGCCAUGGUGGUGCACGAGAAGCAGAUGGAGAUACUCAUAAAGGAAAAGAAGAAGAAACAGGAUGAAAUGGUAAACGUGGGAGGAGGGAGAGAAGAAGAGGAAGGCCCCCUUCCCAUGUACACCCAGAGGGAAAGUAGACAGGAAAAUGGAUCAUUUGGGACCAGUCCCAUAUCGCAAAACCAUAUGCGCAACGAAAGCGGGUCGUCAAAACCCUUACACAGCGUGAAAGAAAUACACCUGGACAAGUACAUCGAAAGGAUGAUGGAGAAACUUACAGAAAAUAUAAAAUUCGAUAUAAGUAGUAUUGGUCUACACGAAAAAAUUAUUACCAACCGAAUGGAAGGAUACUGGGUUUUUAAAAUAUCUCCUCUGCUCAGAACAAAAGGGUUGUUAAAUAUAACAAACAAGUUCAUAUACUUUCAAGCAAAUCCAAACUUCACAAAUAAAAAGGAGAAGAAAUGGAAAACGGAAUCUAUCCUUCAUGUAUUUAAGAGAAUAAUAAUAAUGAAGCCAAAUGCAUUGGAAAUUAUAUUCGACCAUGACAGUAAAAGCAAGUACAGCUCCCUGUACGUGGAGUUUAUCAACUUUUCUGAUAGAGAGCAAAUAAUUUCAGUCCUUAAAAAAAUAAAUCCUCACUCUUUUUUUAUUCAAGAAAAUAAAGAUUUUGUCUAUGCAAUACAGAAGAAGUGGGAGAUAGGGGCUAUAUCCAAUUAUGAAUAUAUUGAUUUCAUUAAUUGCCUCGCUGGACGAAGUAGGAAAGAUUUUUCACAGUAUCCUGUGUUUCCGUGGAUCCUUUGUGAUUACGCAAGGGAAGAACUAGAUCUGAAUGAUGAUUCCAUGUUUAGGAAUUUGAAAAAGCCAGUAGGUUGUUUGAACACAGAGAGAUUAAAUUCGUUAAUAGAGAAAAUGCAAGACCAUGAUUAUUUUUACGGGUCGCACUACUCUACAUUGGCAUAUGUUGUGUAUUUCUUAAUUCGCUUGCAUCCUGAAUGUCAGUUAAAACUUCAAAGUGGAAAAUUCGACACUCUCUCAAGAAUUUUCCUCUCCAUUGAAGGAACCUUCAAUACUGCUCUGAAUGCAAAUUCGUCUUUCAUCGAACUCAUUCCAGAAUUUUAUGAAGACAAUGAUAAUUUCUUAAAAAACAUACUUAGCAUUAGCUCUAACGAGGGAAAUAUACAUGAUGUUAUUUUACCCAGAUGGUGUUCGUCUUCGAAGGAUUUUUUAAUUAAAAUGAAAAAUGCUUUGGAGAGUAAUUAUGCAAAUAAGAAUAUCAACGAAUGGAUUAAUUUAAUUUUUGGAUACAAGCAGAGCGGGCAAAUUGCCAAGGAGAACUUCAAUCUGUUCCAUCCUCUCACGUACAUGCAUACCAUCUUAAAUGAAAAACUCUCCGGUGCUAGUUGUAAAUAUCAUCGUGAAAGAAUGCGAGAAGAGGAGGAAAAUGAAUUUGAGAGGAACUUUAAUGAGAAAAUUAAGUCUCUCAUUACAACUAUGCCUUCCAAGGCGUUGAAAACACAGUUGCAUGAAUUUGGACAAUGCCCCUUCCAGAUUUUUAAGGAACACCACGUUUGUAGGAAAUCCUCCGUUACGUUCAAGUACAAUGAGAACAUUAAGAACUCCCCCUGGUACUACUCCCCCGUGUUCAAUCAGGUUCUGCGCGAUUUGUACUUUAAGCGAAAGCGCAGAAAAGUUUUGAAGAGACGCAGAAGGCUACUCAGUCGCAGCGCUCUGGAAACGGGGAUCAACGUAAGUGAACAAAACGACAACGACGAAGAUGACGUGGAGGAUGAAACGGAUGAUGAGGAUGAGGAGGAGGAUGACGAUGACGAUGAUUAUGAAGAUGACGACGAGGAGGACGAAGAUAUUGAUGAUGUGGAGGAGAGCUACCGUGAUGAUGAGGGAGCCGAUCUCCCUGAUGGAGAUGGGGAAAAGCCCGCGCAGAAUAACCUCCGAGGCAAGAACAAACGACGAGGUAUCGAGGACAGGACUCCCCUUGUGGAGGAAAGAACGAACACCAAGUACACACGAAAGAGGGAGCCAAAAAUGGAAGGCCAUGGAGAGUAUUUGAAAAAGCACCAGUGGAAACUACAUAGAAGUGACCACAUCCCCUGCGUUGUCAAAGGGGUUGCACAUAACCAAUCAAAUGUCUGCUUCGUCUGCAAUAAUGGAUUCAUAAAAAUAAUCAGUCACAAUGAUCUAAUUAAGAGCGAAAUGAAGAACAACAACAAUUUGAUUUCGUUAAAAAUUGGCGAUGAGAACUUCUCCUGCGUUGCCAGUGCAAAGGGUAACUACCUCAUAGGCACUUCCAACGGAAACGUUGUCCUUUUAAAUCCACAGAGCAUUUUGAAGGUCAACGAAGAUGGUGCGUCAGUUAAGGUUCCAUCGCCUAAGGGUAGUCCACAGUUCGAUUCGGGGGGCCAAGCAGAUGCCACCGGCCUGAUAGAUGUUGGCGCCUUGUCAGACGAUUCUAGCUUCCAGCCUAGCGACUCCAACCACUCUCUGCUAUCCUCCUUCGAUGACGUUUUUGAGUAUGAAUCAUACAUGGGGGCAAAGAGGAGCAAAGGGAAAGAAAGGAGAAAAGAUUUUCUCGGCAGUGCAAACAUUUACAACCAAAUGAUCACGAGGAAGUUGCAUAACGAUACGGUGAACAGUAUGAGUUUUUCCGAUAGUUACCUCGCAACAGGGUCGUCAGACGAAACGGUACAACUGUUAAGUGUUGAGAGGGAUUUCCAAAGUUUACAGAUAUAUGACAAUUUUACGGAAUCUGUCAAAUUAGUGGAGCUAAAAAAUAAGUUGUUAUUCACUCAGGCGGAUGGAUUUAAACUCUUCGAUAUACGUGUUCCUCGGAAGAAGCUUCAUUUGGGUAAUCUGAACGGGAAGAGGAACAACCCCGGCAGUGUGCAUGGGGCAAGCGGGAAAAUGGUAGCAAAGGGGGGGAGUAAUGCACUAGGGUCUGGAAGGUUCUUUCAUCUCUACGACAAUGAACAAGUGAGGCGUUUCUAUAAAAGCAUCCAGAAGGUGUACGAGCAAAGUUACAUUACCGUAAAUUAUAUGAGCCCACAAUAUUUAUUUGACAAGAAAAUGAAAAAAAAUAUGAGUCAAACUUUUUUAAAAAAUUCAAACAAUAUUAUUUACUCGUCCCUUAUCAAUGAUCAUACCAUCGUUAGUUUAGACAAACAUAGCAACUUAUAUUUUUAUGACAUUAGAGGGGAGAACUGGAUUAAUGCUCUUUCGACCAGAUCAAUAGAAUCCAGAAGUAAAAGCAGUUUCCUCAUCACAGCUAGCUUUGACGACAGGCAACAGUUAUGUGCAGUUAAUACUGUAGGAGAUAUCUUUUUUGAGUCUAUACAUUUUGGGAACCAUUUUGACAACCCUUUUGACAACCCUUUUGAGGAGGGGGAUGAAAAUACUACAACAGGUCUUUCCAGGACGAAUGUUUUCAACUCCCCAUGUUCCAUCAAUCCGUCAUACAUUUCGUUUAUCAAUCACCUUGACUGUUUCGGAGACUUGGGUGUAGAUAAUGAGGGAGGCAAUGAAAAUGGCUCCUGCAAUUAUAUUUUGUUUACGGGGGAUGACGGGAAGAUGGAGAUACACACAAGGGGUGCGAACGGUAUAUAA